UAGUAAGUCAAGUCAACUUUUAUUUAGGUGAGUUGUCGAUCACCCAAAUCGUAAAGUUGAAGAGGAGCCAAUAUCGCUCGAGCGCGCUUUCACUUCGUUGAAAUUAAGAAUGGAUAGUUUCGGGAGACUUUGUUUUUUUGACGUUUGAAAAAAACCGAUGCAACUUGUCCAAAAGCUCCUGUCAGCUCGCUCUCAACUUGUCUACAUUUCACUGACGUUUCUGCGUAGAUAUAGCUAUUGAAUCCAGCGCGAGCUGUAGGGGGAAAUACGUUUUGUGUAUUGUUUUUGCUUUUGCAAGAUGUCCACUGAAGUUGCAAAUGACUCAGACUUGACAACUUGUAGCCAGGGUGCAGAAAACCAAAACAACUCGGACGUCGACAGACUCCAGAAAUCUGAUAGAACAAACCACGAGGAGGGGCAGCAGGAUCCUAAUAAAGUUGACUCCAAACUUCAUAAACACGGAGUCAUGGAGACUCCAACUUCGGUGGAUGGAUUGAGCAAAAGUAAGGUGAACGAGAAGGAGAAUGCCACAAAUAAUAAUGAUACAGACCAACGCGAAAGUGCCAAGAAAAGGGUUAUUGAAGCACCUCCACCGAAGGUAAACCCGUGGACGAAGAAGAAUACGUGCCCUUCUAACAAUCCGACAAAUAACACCCAAGAUUCAGAACCCCAGAGCCCUACCAAAGUUGUCCGUGCUGGGAAACCCAGGUCCAGGAAAUCCAGCAAGUCGAGUGACUUCAGUGACAUCACUAACUGGCCCACUCCUGGAGAACUGGCCAAUAAGGAGCAGCAGCAGAACGUAAUCAAUGCUCAGGGAAGGAAGGGGACGGCAGGACGGAGGGAGAGGAAGAAGGAGAAAGGAGAGAGGAAGCAGGAGAAGGAGAGCAGCAGCGACGGUAGUGACAGUAAAGAGAACAGAGAGGCACACCAAGACAAUCUCUCAGCUCUUCCUCAUGAGGCAGAGGAGGGAGAGGAUGGAGAAAACACACAGAAGACAAGGCAGAGAAAGAGAGGGGGCUGGAGGAGAGAGACAAGGGAGUUCUUCGAUGAUACAUCCAGCGUACGGAGCGAAGGAGGCAGCACCCGGGGUGGCCUGAGAGGCCGGGGGAAAGGUCGCGGCAGGGGCAGAGGGCGUGGCCGAGGUCGCUAUGACUACUCCCACAGUUAUCGCGAGUCGUACACGGAUGGAGCAAACACGCAACUACCGGCAGAAUUUGGCACCAAUCUAGUGUAUUACUAUGAUGAUGGCAACCAAGUGCAAAUGUACACAGUGGAAGAAAGCCUGCUGAAGGAGUACAUUAAACGCCAGAUUGAGUAUUACUUUAGUCUGCACAACCUGGAGAGAGACUUCUUUCUGCGGAGAAAGAUGGAUGUGCAGGGUUUCUUGCCCAUCUCUUUGAUUGCCAGUUUCCACCGAAUACAGGCCCUGACCAUGGACAUCAACCUCAUCAAAGAGGCGGUGAAGACAAGCACAGUGGUGGAGCUAGUGGAUGACAAAAUCAGACGGAAGGAGGAUCCGGAACAUUGGCCCAUUCCUGGGCCUCCCAUGGAUUCUCCGCGGACAGAUUUCUCCCAGCUCAUCCACUGUCCAGAGUUUGUCCCAGGACAAGCCUUUACCUCUCUUAGCACGGCCAAACACACUAGUGAAGAGCUCAGUGACCCUAAAAAUCAAACAGAUGCCACAGACGCAAACUGCCAGUCCAAAGAACCCUCUGCCGUCGACUCCAAAAGCCCAUCUGCAAGCGACGUAGUGUCUGAGGCAGUGGACACGCCCAAAAAUCUGUCCAGCAGCCUGCCUGAACAGGAGACUGAGCCCUGGAUUCAAGUAGAGAAACGGCACCGUGCCUCUUCUGGCAAGACUAAGGAGCACUCAGAACCAGCCCAGUCCAGUCAGAAACCCCCGCCCGAACCAGACCAAGAGGAACUGGACUUUAUGUUUGAUGAGGAGAUAGAGCGCCUGGCCGCACCACGCAAGAACACCUUCACCGACUGGUCAGACGACGAUUCAGACGACGAGAUCGACGACCGGGACAUCAACAAGAUCCUCAUCGUCACCCAGACCCCUCCUUACUUACGGAAACACCCCGGCGGCGACCGUACAGGGAACCACGUCUCCCGUGCCAAAAUCACCACCGAACUCGCUAAAGCAAUCAACGAUGGACUGUACUACUAUGAGCAGGACCUGUGGACCGAGGGAGAGAGUCAACUGGAUGGUGCCACCACGAAGGAGGUGGAGAACUUUAAGAAACUGAGUAUGAUCAGCCAAGACCAGUUUGAGACUCUCACCCCUAAAAUCCCUAUUGAUCCCAACCAAGAGGUCCCCCCACCUCCUCCUACUCAAACAGACGACUCCAGCAUGGCCCACUCUCUCCCCACGGACGUCCCAGGAUCCUCAAGCGCUCCCCGGACCCCUCGCACACCUCGGACACCUGGCCGACAAGACCCCAACAAGACACCGCGCUUUUAUCCCGUCUUCAAAGAGGGUGGAAACCUUGAUGGAAAAACGCCAAGGAAGAGGAAAACCCGUCAUAGCUCCAACCCUCCGCUGGAAUGUCACGUCGGCUGGGUGAUGGACUCCAAAGAGCACCGGCCUCGCACGGCAUCCAUUAGUAGUUCUAAUGCCUCUCCUUCUGAGGGCGCUCCUUCGUUGUCUGGUAGUUAUGGCUGCACCCCUCAGUCUUUGCCCAAAUUCCGGCACCCAUCCCACGAUCUCCUGAGAGAGAAUGGCUUCACCCAACAAGUCUACCACAAGUACCGCCGGCGCUGCCUUAAUGAGAGGAAACGGUUGGGGGUUGGUCAGUCUCAAGAGAUGAACACACUCUUUAGGUUCUGGUCUUUUUUCCUGAGGGAUAACUUCAACAGGAAGAUGUAUGAGGAAUUUAAACAAUAUGCCCUGGAGGAUGCCAAGGAGAACUACAGAUAUGGGCUGGAGUGCCUGUUCCGAUACUAUAGCUACGGUUUGGAGAGGAGAUUCCGACAGGACAUCUUCAAGGACUUCCAGGAGGAGACUAUACGAGAUUAUGAGAAAGGUCAGCUGUACGGCCUUGAGAAGUUCUGGGCCUAUCUUAAGUACGCUCAGGUGAAGAACCAGUCCAUUGAUCCGAAACUUCAGGAGUACCUCGGCAAAUUCAAAAACAUCGAUGACUUCAGGGUGGAACCACCCAUGGGUGAGGAGGGAGGCAGACGGAGUCACUCCUCUUUAGGGGGUGAUGAAGGGAGGCGCAGGCGACACAACUCCAACUCUUCCUCUUCCUCGAAACAAGCCCAACCCACUAAGACCACUUCAGCCAAUCAGCCAACUGCUGGAGUCGCUGCCAAGACAGCCACCACCAAUACAGCAGCUGCCACUACAACCACCAAAGCAACCUCAGCUACUCAAAAAACAAACACCAAGAGUGCCUCAUCAAGUGAGACAGCCCCUCCUGUUACUACAAGGGCCGCUCCCAAAGAGAGGGCAAAACGGAACGCACCAUCAGAUGCCCACAAGGGGGAACAGGGAAGCAGUAAAAGUAAAGACACCCAAGGGUCAAAUAAAUGAGCUUUCCCUCAAUACGCAGUGUUUUAGAAUCACCACCAUAUAUGAGCAGAAAAGAGAGGCUGCUUCCGAUAGCUGGGGGGUUACUUUUUUUUUUUUUUUUUGAAGUAGGUUUGAAUUACAACUGAAUCAAAUCACUCAAGUUAAACUCCUCUGAUAGCAUAUUAGAGCCUAAUAGAUCUCACUAACUGAAGUGUUGGGGAAAUAUGCUACCUAGAAUGCUCUCCUGGUCACAAAUGCUUUGGAUGAUAUAUACUAGAGUGAACUGUUUUUGGCACAGGCAAGAGGCACCAAACUCAGUGGAAUACGGAGCAUAUUGUUAUACUCUGAAGUUUACAGAAAAUGCAUUCCUGCAUCGAAUGCCUUUUUUUUUUCUUGCUCUCUCAUAUAAAUAUUUGUUUUACCCUUUUGAUGUGCCUUACAUUUCAAAAAAAUGAAUUUGAUCAUUUUUAAUCAUGACUAUCAAUAGUUCAGUCUCAUCGGUGAAGGUUAUCAAAACUUCCUGUUUUUAUCAUAUUUGUGCCUGCUUGUAACAACACAGGUGACCUCAAUACCUGAAAUUAUCCCUGUGAUUUACACAAGGUAAUGCUAUAUGUAUCAUUUUAAUUCAUUAUUUUUAGAAGAAAUGCAAGAUAAAGUGAAAUUUAGGGAAAAGCAUAUUUGAAGUUUAGAUUGCAUUUGAAAUAAACUGCAGUUCAGGCUUAAAUAUUAGAAAUUAGGUCAAUCAAAAAUGGUGGAGGUCUUAAAACAGUGUAAAAAAAAAAAAAAAAAAAAAACAACAACAAAAAAUGUCUCUGCUGGUUUUGCCCUUGGGUCUUCUAUAUAAACAAAAUGUUGUGCUGUUUGGAAUUGCGUGGCUGCUUUGAACAAAGACAUCCUGUCCUCCUGGUCCGAGUUUAAAAAGGAUUUUGUUGGAAUGGUCAGAAGGAUGGGAUUGACAGGACAGAAGUCUUUGAUUGAUUUUACUUAAAUUAGAAAGUGUCUGUGUACUUGAAUUGUUUUUUUUUCUCCUAAGAAAUUUUAUGUUUUUAAACAGGGAAAUUUUAUUUCAACAAAGUUUGAAUUCUGUUGGACAUUAGGUAAUUUAUUGUCAUGUUUUUUGUUGUUGUUGUUGUAUUUGAAUGAUCUUAAUAGAUUGUAGUAAGAGUUAGUAUCCGCUAUAAUACAUGGAAAUUAUAUCAGCGACAGGAUAUGUAAGUGACUCACAGACACAACGGCUAUAAUUACAUGUGUAAUAUCAUUUUUAGCUCAGCUGAUUAUGUAAUACCUGUGCUCUUUAUCCUGUAAUAUCUAUUAAUCAGACGCAAGUGAUGUCCAGAUUGUAACAUAUUUGCUUUAAAAAAAUGUACAUAAAAUUACUAGAAGUUCUUAUCUUCCGAUUUGAUAAAUUAAUUUCUAUUGAUCCUCUCAUUGUGAUAUUUUGUUUUCGUGCGCUUGUGUGUUAUGCAUGUUGCUCUUACACAGUAUUUUCUCUCAUAAAUUA